GCCCCCGCCUGCCUGGUGCGGGCGGGGCCCCGGAUUUAAAUGUCGCGGCGGGCCCGGCGGUCGGAGGGGCAGGGCGGGCCUCUGUGUCGUGUCCCUGUCCCGUAGGCGGCGGCGGCGGCGGCGCGGGGUGGCGGGCUCUCGGGGCCGGCGGGCGGCACCAUGUCCCCGGGCAGCGGGGUGAAGAGCGAGUACAUGAAGCGCUACCGGGAGCCGCGCUGGGACGAGUACGCGGCGUGCUACCGCGAGCUGCUGCACUACCGCCUGGGCCGCCGGCUGCUGGAGCAGGCGCACGCGCCCUGGCUUUGGGACGACUGGGGCCCGGGCGGCAACUCGGACGACUCGGCGUCGUCGGGCGCCGGGAGCCCCACGCCCCAGUGCGCCCGGGCCUCGCCGCCACCGCCACCACCACCGCCACCGCCACCGCCUGCUGAGGCUGCUGCGCGGCAGGGGCCGGCCGCCGGGGCCGCGAAGGCCGGGGACGCGGAGGCCGGGGACGCCGAGGUCCAAGACGCCGGGGUCCGAGACGCGGAGGCCCGGGACGCGGAGGACACGUCCGUGCCAGCAUCGCCAGUCAAAGACGUAAAUGAAAAACCUGAACGAGAGAUCAGGACAAAAGAGACUGACAGGCCACCCAGCGGCCCGAAGCCUCGACAACAACCCAGUGCCUUGUUUGCCCGAGGAACUAGGAAGGCGGUGAAAAGCCCCCAGCGGUCGUCGAGUCGAGUGAAAGAAAAGAAGCACCCGUUUGCCCUGUACGGCUGGGGGGAGAAGCAGACGGACACGGGAAGCCAGAAGACGCACAACGUCUGCGCUUCGGCCCCCGUGCACGAGAUCCACGAGUCAGCGCUGCGGGCCAAGAACAGAAGACAGGUGGAGAGAAGGAAACUGCUGGCCCAGAGGCAGCGGGCACACUCUGUGGACGUGGAGAAGAGCCGGAGGGUGAAGCCUUCCUCCUCGGAGGACCCGUGGGUGACGGAGUACAUGAGGUGCUACUCGGCCCGCGCCUGAGGGGGGGCGGGCGCCUCUGAGCGGUGUAAAUAAAAGAAAGAACAACCGGACAAAACAAAAACAUCGAAAGGAACCAGGUUUCAGAGACCAGUGGAUUGUGCGAGAUUCUUCUUAGGGAAUUGCCGAAAGAUCUUUCUCUCUUGAGGAGCCCUGGUCCCCUACCUCCACAGUCGGGUGACAGCUGAAGCCAUAGACAUCGGGUUAUUUAUGAAGAUAAUUCCCUAAAUCUUUGAUAUUCUUGUAAGGGGUUUUGUUUUAGAGCAUCUUAAUCUUUUAAGAUACCGACACCGAAUGCCUUUAAAUGGCUAUGGAUGCUUAACACUCAGUAGGUUUUUCACAAGUUUAGGCGGAGCUGGUUUUGUCCUGCCCCGAGGAACUGUCCGAUUGUGCAGCCGGCGGGUUCGUUCCAACAUCAGCAUAAGACUCAGUUUCCUUCCGUGUGGCUUUGCAAAAGAGCGUCACGUCGAACGUGAGUUUCGGCACUCACAGUGAUGCCCUGCAUAGUGAAACUAGAACCUGGGUAGUUUCUGAGCAAUUAACCUUAAUUGUAUUUCAGUUCAGCGCUUCACACAGACUGCGAUACUGAAGAAUUAUCUGGGCUGGGUGGGGGUUUUCUUUUCUCUCUCAAUCAUCAUCUAGAUCCUAGGCACUUAUUAUUUAAUAGUUUACUAGUUCAAGUGCAUUCCAGAAAAGAGGGCCCAGCGCAGUGUGUCCUGAGGAGUACUGAAGUCUCUUUUGCGUCAAAGAUGGCCGUGGCACUUUUUAAUGGCGUUUAGAGCACAUAACCAGGGGUGGGUUGCCGGCCGCUGGCACACACCCACUCGGGCUUUUGUCUCGUCUGUUACAGUCAGCAGUGAUAGUUAGAACUUCUGUGAAAUUCUAUUUAAUGAAACUGAGGUUGUCUGGCUUGCUCUCGGGGAGGAGGGACAGCCAGGUGUCCAUCAGAGACGUGGCCCACCCUGCUCCCUCCACUCUUUCCUCCCCAGAACUCACUGAUAGCAGCCUCGAUAAUGUACAUACAUACUCACUUCUGGUGGAAAUACAUUCCUACUGGCAGGUCUUGUACAGAACUUCGCCUGAGAGGACGGUUGGGCGCGGGUCCAGAUGUAAGGGUGUGUGUGUGUGGAUGACGUGCGCCUUCUCCUUAGCAAAUAAAUUUGCUUUGGGGACAGAAAAGUGAUUUGAAGAAGCUCUGGUUUCCAUCCAAAGGAGACGGACUUGGCAGGAUGGAUGAGUGCGCUCGAGUCUUUGGGAGAGAGAAGAAAGAUACUUUGCCAACUUAGCACCCGGAGGUGUGGGAGUGAGAGUUUGGUGUUUGAUGUGCGUGUGAGUGUUUCCCUGAUAUUUGUACUUCGGGUCUUGGAAGUAUUAUGAUCACUUUUUAGGACACACAUAUGUUUUAGUCCACACAAAAUCUUCACAUAAUGUCAACUCACAACUGUAGCAAGCUGUGAAAAACCAUCCUGAAGAAUCAUGAGCUUUAAAAAAAAAAAGACUUCAAAAAUAUUUUGCAUCGUUUUGAGGUGAGUGAAUUCGGGUGACUUUUGCUGUUUUAUUAAAGUCCUCGAACGCUGCAAGGCCCUUAGAGGUCACAUGAAUGUGGUGGUUGCGCAGUGCAGCUGGCUGUGGAUACUGCCCUUUCAGACCACUCCCUGCGUGCUGGGGGUCCGCCGUUCUGCUCAAGCCUCUGUGUCGCACCGGGCAAUCUUAGGGAAGGGAACCCAGCAGGCAAUGCAGGCCCCCGUGGACAGACUGCCUUAGACACCCAGCUUCCUCUAGGCUUGGAACAGGCCAGCCUCUCUCCUUCAGAAAACAGGCUCGUAUGUAAAGAGCUUCCUUGUGAAAACUCCAGGGGGAGACCUGGAACAACCCAGGAGGCGAUGUUGGCCAUGCCUCCCCUUUUUAAACAGAGGACAAAUGACCAAGGUUUUUAAAGUACUUUUAAUGUGCAUGAACGAUGAAUAACUCAUGAAUGAAUUGUGACUUCCCUUCCUAUGUCUUAGUUAAGUCAUUAGGUUAGGGUUUCUUUUCUUUUUUUUUUCUCUGUAGGGGUACAAGUUAACUUUUGAGCCUGUGAAAUAUUUCAAGUUGUAACAAUUUGAUGGACUAGCAACUAAUGUGGUUGUAAUCAUGUUUCUAAUUCUUGGGACACCUUGCAAGACAGCAAGAUAGUUUAAAAUUACCUUUCAUGUUGAAAAGUGUCAAACUGCUUGAGAAUCCAGUGGUGUUUAAAAUAUGGAAUAAAAUAAUUGCUCCACAGACUCUCUUUUUAAAAUGUUGGUUUUAAGCUUUUAAUUAAAACAGUUUCCAUAAACAUGUUUCUCUGUUACUUUUAUUAAGAGAAGUAAUAGAAUACUGAAUGACAUUCACAACUGCUGGACCCAGGUGAAGGAGAAGUAAAUAGGAAUUAAAUUCUUUCUUUUAAUUUUUGUUUAAAAUGUAAAAGACUGCUGUUACUUAACUUGGUACCUCUGGCUAUAUGUAUACCAGCCCUCCCCAUAAAAUUUCUAAGCACAUAUCAACAUUUUGUAAGUUAACUGAAGUUAUAAUAAGGUAUAGGUUAUCUUAAUUGCUCAUCUUGCUGUCAGCAUUUAUUUAUGCCACUUCAUAUGUAACAGUUUUAUCAUUUUUAUGCUAGGAGACUCAGCUAACUAAAUUGCAUAGAACAGCCAGUUGAGUUAUUGGAAAUCAUACAGCCAGAGUAUUGCACAAUUUGCAGGUUAAAAAUCUUUAGUGUAUUCCCCUCCUCCUGUAAGUUGAUAAUGUUGUCCUGGGUAGAAAUUUCAAACACGGGAUGUUACAGGACUUGAUAUUUAAAAUAUUCAGAAGUAUAUUGGCAAAAAGGGAGUGAGGUGAAGCACAUGUUAGAAGUAAAAACUUGUUACUACUUCGGUCAAAAAUUGUUUAGUGGAGAAUUUGACAUUCCACUGGAUUAGACUGAAAAUGGUGCUAAUAUUUCUAAAGCCUGAUUCUGCAUUGGCUUGUCAUCGAACUGCGAAUGCCUGACUCCCACGGUCCUUAUUAUCGUGUCGUGAUCUGUUGAAUAAUUUAAAAGUGAUCUGAAAAGCCUGACUGGGUCAUUCCCAGACACUUGAGAUUGGAGUGGAGGUUUGUGCAGUAGUUGGAAUAGGGAGUCCUUUGGCAUGCGUGUACGCUCAAUCCCAAAUCCGGUGCCGGGAGCCGUGUCUAGAUUUGGGCUCCGGUUUGUCCUUUCCAAGCCUGCUCGUCUGAGUGGGAACAGCUGCACCCUAGUGCUUGUUUCCAUUUUGAAAGUCAGGACGCCCGAAUGAAGACCUGCGAAGCUUCUUUUUGGACUUAAAAAAAUAAUUAGCGACGUUCCCCAUGUUAGAAGUUCAUUCUGAGUGUUCCAUGCACUUGAACAUUCCAAAGGAGCAAAGCGUGGGCAAUCCCAAAGCUCAGCAGUGGGAAUUUUAGCUUGUAUUUGAUAAGAACCGUGUAUUGCUUUUUGCUUAUAUUUAAUGUUGCAGUUACUUUAAAAAAUGUGAAUAAACUUAGUUGGUAUUA